UUUCAGACCUUCACGCGUUUUGUGGAGACUGGCCGCGUGGCCAAAUGCGCCUCCGGAAGAUACAAGGGUCGCCUCGUAGCUAUCGUCAAUGUGAUCGAUCAAAAUCGGGUACUCAUCGAUGGUCCAACCACCGGUGUUCCCCGGCAGCAGUAUCCAGUUGAUCACCUCCAUCUGACCAAGUUCCGUGUCAAGUUCCCGUAUACCGCCAGGACCAAGGUGGUACGCAAGGCUCUAGAGGCGUUCAACCUCAAAGAGAAGUUCUCCAGCACCAGAUGGCAGGAACGUGCCGCCGCCAAGGCCAAGCGCUGCAACCUGUCUGACUUUGACCGUUUCAAGCUGCGGCUGGCCCGUGCCGAGCGUAACCGUAUCGUCAGUGCUCAGUACAAGAAGCUAAAGAAGGAGGUUGUCAACAACGGUAUGCUAUUCGGAAAGCCAAUCAAGGGUACGAAACCGCUGCCUAAGCGACGCAACCCAAUCCCGAAGAAGGAAGGCAAGAAGAAGCGCGUCAGGAAAAACAAAAAAACCCCGGCCAAGAAGUAAAGAGUUUCGCGCUGGUUUUUUUCUGAAAGUUCGUGAGAGUGUGUAAGGAGAAAGGAGGAAAUAUACUAAUUAUUGAACGCCUA